CAGAAAUCAAAAAUGAAUAUUGCACCACUAUCACCUGCCAGUGGCAUUGGACGUUUCUAUAAGAAAUCGGCAAAAAUUAUACGUUUCGUAAGACAAGGAUGUACCAAUCGGCCGUUCUACCACAUUGUUGUUAUGGAGCGCCGUAAAAAUCAACAUCAACCUGUUAUUGAACAAGUCGGCACUUUUGAUCCAUUACCAAAUCAAUAUAACGAACGUUUGGUCGCAUUUAAUUUUGAACGUAUCCGCUAUUGGUUGGGCAAGGGUGCCCAUAUGUCCACACCGGCUGCUGAAUUAUUGGGUAUAGCCGGUCUAUUACCAAUUCAUCCUCGUACAUAUAUGACAGCGUGGCGUAAUCGUGAAAAGGCUGCCGCCGCAGCUGAACAGGAAGCACAAAAGAAUGAGGGUGGUGAUGAAGGAAAAAACUAA